AUGGCUCCUUGGGAGAGCUUCGACCAGGUGUUUGCCUUCAACAAGAAGUACUCAUAUGAGCCAAAGGUCCAUGAACAAAUUCUGUCUAACCGGCGCUCUCUGGGUCAACUCUUCGCCGAUCGACUGUUGUCGCUUUUUGGCAUCCAAGGAGUCACCAAGGUCUACCCGCCCAAGACUAAUGCGGACCUCCGAGCACUCUUCAACCACAUCGUACCUUCUGAGCUUGACAUUCACCACAAGCAGUCUUUGAUCUAUUACAUUCUCAAGGACUGUCGCACUGCGCCCGAAGCUCCCGCUCAGUUUGCGCAGCAAUGCCACCUUCCGGAAAAGUACCGUCUUCUUAUUGAAGGUCUUUGGCACAUGGAUCGACUCGACUUCCGAAGAGCAGUCGAGUUCCUUGCCGAGCCAUCGCUCAUCCCGACCUUCCCGGACGAGAUUCUCUACGCGCUGACCCUCACCAAACUGCCCAAGCACGACAACAGUCUUGCGAUCGCAUACUAUCUCACAGCGUCGCCUCCUCUCGCCACGCCCAAGGUCCGCAAGGCCUUCUUUGAAGCACUUGCUCGCUCCAAUGUCACAGAGGCAUUCUACUUCGCGCGCAAGUACGACGAGGAACAUCGCCGGGAAUUCUUUGAGCAACUUGUGGAGUUCGUGCACAAGGCCAGCCCGGGUCAAAAUCGCAGUCGGCGAGCAAUUGAGCUUGUUGGGCUUCCGCUUGACGAGGACGAGGAAGAGUGGUUUGAGAAUGUUCUGCUCCAAGGCAAUGCCAGCACUCUGCCGGGUGCCAAGGACACUGUGAUGAUGCGACGUCUGGCGACUGGGCGACUGGAAGAGACUACACCAGAGCUCGAGUCAUUGGGUGGUAAGAAGAUUGACGGUUUGAACUGGGAUGAUCUUCGGGGAAGCAUACGACACACGUGA